AUGGGGUCCAAGGCACAAACGGCAAAAAGGGCGUCCGAGAGUCACUCCAACGGCAAAAGCAAGAAGGCUAAAACUGCUGAAAAGCCCGUGGAGCCAGAAAGUGAGGAGGAAUCGAGUGUACUGGAAGAAAGCAGCUCCGAAGACGAUCCUGAUGAUGUCGAAAGUGAAGAAGAGUCCGAUGAAUUAGACAAUUCUGAUGACCAGGAUGAUUCUGAGGAUAAGGCUGAUAAUAGCAAUGAUGAUCUGGACGAGGAAGACAGGCAAAAUGGCGACAAUGACGAAGAUGAAGAAAGCAGCGAGGUCGACCCUAAUAAGAAGUCAUCAAAGGAACAACACGCAGAACAGCGUAAAUUGCUUGCAGAGCGUAAAAUGCAAAGAAAGUCUGGUGCCGAGGUCCAACAGAUCAAAAGCUUGUGGGAAAAAUUGAGAGUUAAGAAACCAGCACCUCCCAAAGAAGUUCGUGAAAAGUUGACCAAUGAAAUUUGGAACUUGGCUCAAGAUAUAGUUCUCGACUUGGUUAUGAAGCACGACGCUUCAAGAGUGGUUCAGACCUUGGUCAAGUAUGCUUCCAAGGAAAGGAGAGACGUCAUUGUGAAGUCUCUUGAAGGAAACUACUAUCAAUUGGCAACUUCGUCAUACGGUAAGUACUUGUUGGUCAAACUUCUCCACUACGGCAGCAAAGAAUCUCGCGCUCUCAUUGUCAAUGAAUUGCACGGAAAGCUUCGUAAACUCAUGAGACACAAAGAAGGAGCCUACGUUGUGGAAGAUUUGUACGUCUUGUACUCUACCAACGAGCAGAAACAACAAAUGAUCAGAGAGUUCUGGGGCUCUGAAUACGCUGUGUUCAGGGACUCAGGAAAGGGUAAGACUAUACUCGACGUGGUGAAUGAGCUGGCCGAAAAAAGACAGUUAAUCAUGACAAACUUGAUCGGAACAAUCACCGCAGCCGUAGACAAAGGAUCUACUGGUUUUCAAAUCUUGCACGCCGCAAUGAAGGAUUACAUUAGCGUGUUAGUGUCUGAUGUGGAAAAAUACGACUCGGAUAUCAGAACUUUCAUUGACUUGCUUGCGGAACAAUUUGCUGAAUUGGUUCACACCCAAGAAGGUUGUGAGGUUGCUGCAUCAUUAAUUGCUCUUGCAAAUGCAAAAGAGAGGAAAGUUAUAAUCAAGUCGUUGAAGGCUCAUGGAAAGGAAUUGGUGAAAAAUGAAUAUGGUAACAUAGUUCUCAUCACACUCUUCAUGUCUGUCGACGAUACGGUUCUUUUGCAUAAAGCGUUCACGGCUGAACUCAUUAACGAGGAAGACAUAGCUUCUUUGUUGGGUGACAAAUUUGCCAGACGUCCUUUUCUCUACUUGUUGAAGGGCCUUGAUGGAAGAUAUUUUUCACCGCUCGUUCAAAAAGAUUUAAAAAAGUAUGAAGCUCUUGCAUAUGAAAAGACUUCGAAAAAGCCACAAGAACAAAGAAGGAUGGAGCUUUCUGAGAAGGCGUUGCCAUUGUUAUAUUCUACAAUUCUUGCCACCGUUGACUCGGGAAGUUUUGAUUCCAUAUUAUCCUCCAACAUGGCCGCACAAACUAUGACAGAAAUUAUUCUUACAACCUCAGAGAACGAUGAAAUCAACACAAAUUUGCGUCCCAAGCUCAUAGAUGCUAUAUUUGCAGCCUGUGUCGAGGGUGAUAUUUUGGAAGACUACCACUUGAUCAAUAAGGUGCCUUUCAUCUCAAGAUCCUUGAAGGCAUUGAUUCAAGGCAAUGAGUUCAAAUGGGACAAUGAAAAGAAGAAAUUGACCACUAACAAGGAUUGUGUCAAGAUAUCGGGCGUGGGUCCUGAACUUGCUACAAGAAUUGUUGAACAUGUGUUGGCUAAUGACGCUCUUGUUGAUUGGUCUCGUGGUCAAGGCUCGUUUGUUCUUGUAUCGAGUUAUGAAGUCUUGCAACAACUGAAGGACAGUAAGUUUAAGGACCUCAAGGCAAGCUUGAAGAAGGUGAGAAAGCAGUUGGUGGAAGAUAGAGACAACAAAGGUGCGCAAUUGUUAGUGAAGCUUAUCAAUUAG